CGUACUUCCGUAAAUCUACUUCCGCUAUGUCCAUGUGUUUACAAAAAAAUAUGUGCGACGUGUUUUGACUUAUUUCAUCCAAUUAUUUGACACAGACAGGCGUUUAAAACAUGGGCAAGCUGAAUGUGGUGGUGUUGAGAUACUUGUCUCGAGAUGACUUCCGUGUGCUCACUGCGGUUGAGAUGGGAAUGAAAAACCAUGAGAUUGUUCCAGUGAGUCUCCUCUCUUCCAUCGCCAGCCUCAAACACGGUGGAUGCAACAAGAUCCUCCGAGAGCUGGUCAAACAUAAACUUGUGGUCUACGAACGCGCAAAGACUGUGCAAGGCUACAGGUUAAACUUUGGAGGAUAUGAUUACCUAGCCCUCAAGACUUUGUCUUCACGAGAUGUUAUUGCCUCAGUUGGAAACCAAAUGGGUGUAGGGAAAGAGUCAGAUAUUUAUAUUGUGGCAAGUCAGGAUGGGGAGCAGUACGCUCUGAAGCUUCACAGAUUAGGUCGCACCUCAUUCAGAAAUCUGAAGAAUAAAAGAGAUUACCACAAGCACAGGAAAAACAUGUCCUGGCUGUACCUCUCUCGCCUCUCUGCCAUGAAGGAGUUUGCCUACAUGAAGGCACUCUAUGACCGAGGCUUCCCUGUACCCAAGCCUGUAGACUACAACAGACAUGCCGUUGUAAUGGAACUCAUCAAUGGAUAUCCACUGUGUCAGGUGCACAAACUGCAAGAUCCACCCGCCCUCUACAGUGAAUUCAUGGAGCUCAUCGUCAAACUGGCCAACCACGGCCUGAUUCAUGGAGAUUUUAACGAGUUCAACCUGAUGCUCGACGACCAGGACCACAUAACAAUGAUUGACUUCCCUCAGAUGGUGUCCACCUCGCACCCUAAUGCUGAAUGGUAUUUUGAUCGAGACGUCAAAUGCAUACGAGAUUUCUUUGCAAGACGGUAUAGUUAUGAGAGCGAGCUGUUCCCAACCUUCAAAGAUAUCAGGCGCUCAUGUUCUCUCGAUGUUGAGGUCUCAGCGAGUGGUUUCACUAAAGCUAUGGAGAAAGAUGCUGCAGUGUUUCAUCCAGUUGGGCCUGAGGGAGAGCAAGAGGACGAGGACAGCGACAAAGAGGAGACCGGCGAAGAAGUCGAAACCGAAGAGCAAAGUGUGGAUGCGACUGACUACUAUGAGGCAAUUUUGGAACUGGAGGGCCUGAAAGUUGGCGACACAAAUAACGAUGUACAGGAUGAAGAGGAGAGUGAAAAAGAAGAGGGGGUUAGUGAAAAAAGACAAGGGGAGGAAGAGAUAAAUGUUGAGGCCAGAAGCACUGACAAGAUGGUGAAUGACUUGGAGGAAGAGCUGGAGGAUACAGUCCCUGAACUCUCAGACCUUUCUGCAUCUAACAAAGAGUUCAAACCUUUCAGAGACCCAGACAGCCUUCUACAGUUGGCAGAACAUAGGAGGAGAAGGACAGACAGUGAGGGAACAAUGGGUAGCACAGGAAGCUGCUCAACCAUCCCACCGGAUGUGGUCCGUCAAAAGGUGCGGAGACAGCUCACCAAAACACAGAAGUCAGCACAGAGGAGGCGUCUACAGAAGGGGGAAGCCAAUUUGGUUACCAAAUCUAGACGGGAGAAUGAAAACAACAUUAAAUCGAGUCUGGAGAGCGCCACCUUCUGGGGAUGAAUGCUCCUCUGGUACUCGUCUGCCUCAGGAGGGUUAUCAUGAUCACAUCUGUUAAACAAACUGUUUUGGACCAGUAACCCCCCCGUUAUGUCCAGAAUAGACAGAUGUCUGUUGUGGUCAACUAUCAGCCUACAAUUCAAUGUAAAUUAUGUGACACAAAUGCUGUCACCAUUCAAACAAUUGCUUAAUGUGUAUUUUAUGUCUUUUUCAAUCAUUAAAAAUCGAAGGAAAAUAUGCUCAUGCUGUAUUGAAAAGCUUUAAAAUGAUCAGAAGUGUUUGGAGUGGAAUUCAAAUCAUGAAAGGUAACGCACACAAAGCAAUUACUUAGAGAAAUAAACAUAGUCUCAAAAGAU